GUAUAGUUCUUGCAAUUUUGGUAGAAAAGGAGGAGAAGGGAGUAUUGUAUAUUUUAUUUUUCAAGCGUGUUUUGUAUGUUAUAAUAGAGUAGCUAAGUGGCAAAUAUGGCAUCGUCAAAGAAUUUCCUGAGCAAUCAAGUGGUCACAAUGGUGUAACCAGAUCAGUUACUCUGUGUUUUGCCCAUUUAAAGAAACCUCAUUUCAAAUGAAAAAUAAUUUGGGUUAUGUAACCAACGCAUUUAACGCAUGAAGGUAUAGUUCUUGCAAUUUUGGUAGAAAAGGAGGAGAAGGGAGUAUUGUAUAUUUUAUUUUUCAAGCGUGUUUUGUAUGUUAUAAUAGAGUAGCUAAGUGGCAAAUAUGGCAUCGUCAAAGAAUUUCCUGAGCAAUCAAGUGGUCACAAUGGUGUAACCAGAUCAGUUACUCUGUGUUUUGCCCAUUUAAAGAAACCUCAUUUCAAAUGAAAAAUAAUUUGGGUUAUGUAACCAACGCAUUUAACGCAUGAAGCAUACAAUCAGAUAAAUAGCACUAAAAUUAAAACCUCUAACAAAAUAUUGGAUAUAGUGUUUUGGUUUAAGAAUAUAAGAUGAAAUAUUCAGCUUAAGUGAUUAUGUGCAGUUACAUAUUCUGUAUUGCUGCAGAAGUGUCAGCUUUUUUAUUACUUGUGAUGGGAGUUUUAUUGCUUAUCUUCUGUGAUGGAAACUCCUCUUAUUUUAUUGCUGGCCAGUACGUUACCGGUGCGUUUGGACUUUUUUGUUUCUCCAGCUUAUUAUUCAUAAUUAUUAUCGCAUAUACUGGUAACUGUGGUGUAUUUGCUGAUAUUGUAAAAACCGGAGUAAGUAGUGAAUGGCGCAAAUUACGCUGUCAAAAUAUUUCUCGUCUGCAGUCAAACAGUCAAAUUGGCGUAACCCAACCAGUUACAAUAAGUGUUUUACCCAACAGUAGAAACAAUAUAUCAAAUGAAAACAGUCUGGACGUUGCUAGACGUCCUGAAGUUGCAACAAUUGAAUCAGGAUUUGUAUUUGGAAACCGUCUGUCACGAUUUAAUAGAGAAAAUGAAAGAUCAACUGAUCUUAGUCGUCCCGAAAAUAACCGACAAGGAACUAAUAUGCUACGAGAUCCACCACCUUACGAAGAAUCAUUUGUAAAUAUGGUUGAAAAUAUUUCUUUGCCUACUUAUGAAGAAACAACAUGAAUGGAAUAAUAAACUCUAGUAUAAACAUAAUUUAUUUUGAGGUACUUUUCUCAGCUGAAUAAUAAUGUUAUAAAUAAAAACUAAAAGUUUCUAAA